CCAAGUGUCAUGGUGGUCGAAUCCAGAAAAAAAAUUGUUUUCGGAAAUAAAUCGAUUAAAAUAGUCCAAUAAAAAGAGAUGUCGAUCAUAGAAGGCGUUGGAGAUGAGGUCACAAUCUUUGUGACCAUCCUUUUCGUCCUUACUGGGCUGCUUCUCGCCUGGUUAACUACUACCCUCAACCCUGGGUCAUCUGAUGCAGGGACUGACAUCAGUCAUGAACCAACCAGUGAAGGAAAUGGAGCCACUCACGACCAGGCAGGAAGUGACACUUCGGAAACGUCGCCACAGCAGCAGGAAGAACCUCCAGAUGGCACAACAGGAGAAGUCAGGAACCGACUCCAUCAAGAGCAGAACCAGCCUGACCCAUCAGGACCUGGAGACUCUGUACCCAAGAACUCUGCUCCUGAGAACUCAGAACCCAGUGCUUCAGGUUCAAGUGCAGGCACCCCACCUGAACCAUCUGAAAGACUCGACGGUCAUAUUCGAUUGAAAAUCAAAUAUCUCGACGAGCGAGAAAGAUUUGUCCAAGCUCGCCCUGAUGAAAACAUAGAGAAUUUCAAAAGGACACAUUUCGCUGGUGAGCUUGCCGAGAAUCUUCUGGUGCGUCUUAUCUACAAUGGUCAAGAACUGCGUGGAGACGGCUCAACGCUGUCCUCGUACAACAUCGGAGACAUGAGCGUUGUUCAUUGCCUGAUCACACGCUCACAACGUCCCCAGGAAGGAAACGUACAGAUGGACCAGGACACUAUGGAAAUAGACCUUAGCAAUCUAAUGUUCCCGUUAUUUGGACUAAUUCUAGGUCUGAUCUGGUACUGCCGGAUUGCCUAUAGAAACUUUUUUAAUGCUAUGUCCACUUUGGCGCUUAUUGGGAUCACUGUCUUAUUUUUCUUUGCCUGUGUGAUUACGUUUCGGAAUAAUAGGCCACAUGAACAUUUCCCCCCGCCUCACAUGCCUCAAGAGGUACCAGGCGCGGGUGGUCACCAGCACCAGGAAUAGUUGGAUAUUUCAAUUUGGGUGGACAGAAAGUUGUACCGAUACCAUCAAGAAUACAACUUAGGUUUUUGAGUUGUCAAGAAUUGAAUUGUGGACUUCAGAAAGGGUAAUUUGGAUGCUUUCUCCACAGCAACUAGUCUCUGUAAUCUCCCUUCCUACUCAAGAUAGGCAGGUUAUGUCAUGUUGUGCUUAUGUGGCAUGGUUUGGCACCAAGUUGGCCGAGGCAUCUUGGCAGUCAAAGCUUCACCAGAUGCCUCUCAAGAUUUUAUUUCUUACUCUUCAAUGUACAUGUAAAAACACUGAUGAAACACAAGUCGUCUCCUCUAAAGGAAUGCUACUUGAAUAGGUUUAUAUUGUACAAACACUGUCAUGGUGUAUAGAAUGCAUGUUACUUUCCCCCUUGCUUGUCAAGCUGAUCAGCUCAUGAAUAAAUUGUUGAAUAUUA